GCCAAUCGCAGUUAUUUUUGAUGUAGUAUAGGGCGCUGUGGAUCGCGCUGGCUGUGCUUCGAGCCAUGAGCCGUUGGAGCCGCUGGUGGCCUGGCCAAAGAGAGGAGACAGCACAAGCGCAGGAAGAGUCACACUCUAGACAGUGGUGGCCUGCCACAAGUGCAACGCAGGAGCAGAGUGAGCGGAGCGCGAGUAGCUUCAGUUUGCGCUCCCUUGGCAUUGGAGGCAAUGCCACAAGCGAAGCAGAGGAGGCAUGGAUGCACAAUUCAGAUGUUAUGUGCCCUUCUUUGACUCUGAAGCAACGCAUCAUUGGCUGGCUUGUAUGCUUUGGGCUGGGUGUUCUUCUGGAAUUCAGCGGGUUUGGGCGUGGCAUUCACGCUUUGAUUGGUGGAGAGCCGGCCGCAGAGCGCUUUGCAGAGCUCUACACCCUAGGGAAUUUGCUUGCAUUGGUUGGCACCCUUUUCCUUGCUGGGCCGAGAAGGCAAUUGCGCCGUAUGGGGCGUGAAAAGCGUUGGAUUGCAUCACUUUGCUUUGUGGUCUCAAUGGUCCUGACUCUUCUUGUAGCUCUUUCGCCUGGAAAAUGGCAUGGCCGUACAUUGAUUCUUCUGCUGCUGGUGCUUGUGCAGUGGGCUGCCUUAGCACCUUUGCAUUCGAGAAGAGUUUGAAACCGACGAGGGGUGUUCAGAAAUUUGACCUGCCAAGUAUGGAACGUGCAAAAUACUUCUCCACAUCAGUGUCCAGUGUUGGAUAUCGGUAUCAAUAAUGUGGUCGCAAACAAAGAGAUGUGAAAUGCACGAAUGUGUUUCCCCUGAACUGAGAUUUGGUACACGCGACCUGGCUGCAAUUUUUGCAAGGACCAGUCAAGCUUUGGGGCAGGAUAUUUGCAAAACAUCAUUCUGCAAACACGUGCAACCUUGGGAGAACCUAAUCGACAAAAUCUUCGACAAAAAUGAAACAAUGCCUCAGGCUCUCCUACAUCCCCUUUGGACAGAGAACUGCGCUUGGAGCCCUGUGAGCCUGUUGGUCUCGAUGUCUUGGUGAGUGAUGUGCGAGAUGUCACAAUCCUCACCCAGCUUGUGGGCCAAGAUGAGUCCUCUCUGCCUGACUUGGAUGCUUCAAAGUGCUUCAAAGUGCUUCUAUUGAUUCGCAACAGUAGUUUUAGGCAUGUACAGUGUCAGCAAUGCCACCAGUAGCCGAAAUGGUUCAUGCGGCACGCUAAAGCAAGAAGACGCAAGUCGCAGCA